CAGCCCACCCCCGCCCCCCGUUCUUCGGCAGCCGGCGGCCGCACUUUCAACCCUCGGUGCCGCUCUUAGAAACGCGUCCGGGUUGAUCGUGUUACACUGAGUCCCGUCUUGAAGCUCUUCGGCGAGCGCCGUUAGCUGGACUGCUGGGGAAACAACAGCACGGGGUACGUCGGACACCCGGAGGCGCACGGAGCGACAUCCCCGCCUUGUCUGAAGAAAUAAGAAAAUAGCAGCAGAAAUCGACUAAAGAUGAUCGAAACAAUGGAUACCCAGCGUGCCUUGCGGGCUGUGGAGAGGCUCCAGGCCAGGCUGAAAGAGAGAGGGGACCUGCCUACAGAGGAGAAGCUCAGCUUGUUGAAGUCUGUCCUCCAGAGCCCCCUGUUCCACCAAAUCCUGACUCUACAGAAGUCUCUCCAGCACCUGAAGGACCAGGGAGGUUCCACUCCAGUGCCCGGUGACCUGGGUGACCCCCACGUACCUGCGCGGCCCAGUGUCAGUCACAUCCCACCCCUGGAUCUCCAGUUGGCUAAUGGCUCGCCUUCUGCUGAGGAACUGGAUCGUGUGCUGUGUGCUAUGGCUCAGGGUCGCUCAGUGGCACAUAUUGAGCUGCAGAAGCCGACCUCGGGGGGACUGGGAUUCAGCGUGGUGGGUCUACGCAGUGAACACCAUGGGGAGCUUGGAAUCUUUGUGCAGGAGAUCCAGCCUGGCAGCGUGGCACACUGCGAUGGGAGGCUGAGGGAGGGAGACCAGAUCCUGUCCAUCGAAGGGCAGCUCCUGGACCAGACGGUGACCCAUCAGCAGGCUGUGAGCUUUUUGCAGAAGGCCACAGAGAAAGUGAGUCUAGUGGUGGCCCGGGGACCCCCCCUGCAGCUGGCCAGCCCCGUGGUGUCCCGCACGCCUUCAUCCGCCAGCACCCUGUCGGCCCACUCGAGCGUGGUGCAGCGGCGGCACGUGGAGAUUGUGGAGCUGGUGAACGAUGGCACAGGCCUUGGAUUCGGCAUCGUGGGAGGCAGGAGCACCGGCGUCAUUGUGAAGACUAUCCUGCCUGGGGGAAUAGCAGACCAGGAUGGACGUCUUCACAGCGGGGACCAGAUCCUGCAGAUCGGACACACGGACUUGUAUGGCAUGAACAGCGAGCAGGUGGCACAUGUGCUGCGGCAGUGUGGUAACCACGUGCGGCUCGUCAUUGCCCGCGGCACCCCCGACGAUCCCACCCCCACGUCUGGCCCCGCUCUGCCCACGGUUGCCGAGCAACAGGGCGCCGAGGAUGAAGAUGCGGACGUCUUUGAUGUGGAGCUCACCAAGAACAUCCAGGGACUGGGCAUCACCAUCGCUGGUUACGUUGGAGACAAAAACCUGGAGCCCUCUGGUAUUUUCGUAAAAAGCAUCACGAAGGACAGCGCCGUCAAACGGGACGGUCGGAUUCACGUCGGCGACCAAAUUAUAGCGGUGGACGGGAUAGACAUCCAGGGCUACACCAACCAGCAGGCUGUCGAGGUCCUUCGUCACACGGGCCAGACUGUCCAUCUCCGCCUCGCGAGGCGUGGCUUCCAUCUGGAGGAGGGGCCCCAAGACAUCCUAGAGCCCCAACUCCCACCUGCCGUGGUCAGGGACCUCCCUGUGGAGAGGGCUGGCCUGGACAGUACUCCCGAGGAGAGGUGGCUAGACGCGGUCCGUCGAAGCAGCUUUCCUGUCACUGUUCCGGACGACAUCCCGGAUCCGAAGGACGGAAUUGAGUUAACUGAAGUUGAAGAAGAGGAGCUGGUGAAGAAAUGGCAGAUCGCUCUUGGACCUAGCAAUGAAGUAGUGGUCGCCCAGGUGGAGAAGCUCAGCGAGAACAGCGGAUUGGGCAUCAGCCUGGAGGCAGACGACGGCCAUCACUACAUCUGCUCUGUCUUGCCUGACGGACCCGUUGGCCGGAGCAGCAAGCUGUUCAGCGGAGACGAGCUCCUGGAGGUCAAUGGGAUACCCCUGAUUGGCAAGACACACAUAGAGGUGGUGAGCAUCCUUAAGGAACUGCCUGUCCAAGUGUACAUGGCCUGCUGUCGCCCCGCCCCACUUUUGCUGAGUGACAACGAUGCUGACCAGUCAUGCAUUGAGAAGGCUACUGCUGAACCAGCUGCUCAGGGAGAAGAUCCUGGGAACGAAGGUGCCGAUGUUCUUCUCAAGAUCCAGAGAGACCUGGAGGAUUUUGCCUUUCCCUUGGGGUUUGAAGACCCUGUGAAGGAGAGCACUCCGGCGUCCGCGUUGGCCAUGUGGGAGACAGCGAUCCAGGACAUCGAGUUGGAGAAAGGCGAGGCCGGUUUGGGCUUCAGCAUUUUAGAUUAUCAGGACCCAGUGGACCCAGCAAAGACAGUGAUUGUGAUCCGAUCCCUGGUACCAGAAGGUGUGGCGGAUCUUGACGGGCGACUGUUGCCUGGUGAUAGGCUCAUGUAUGUCAAUGACAUGGAUCUGGAAAACGCUACCUUGGAGGAUGCAGUGCAGGCGCUGAAGGGGGCAGCCCCGGGCUGGGUCCACAUCGGGGUGUCCAAGCCACUGCCCUUGGACCUUGCGGAAGGCUGCUCUUCUGCAAGAGAUCGCCUCACUCUGCAGUUUGAACCAGAGGAGCUCAGAGAGACCAGCGUAUUUCACGCAGAGCUGGCACUGAUCGAUUCAAAUGAUGCAGACCUGAUGGACGACAAGUCGUUCGAGGCUCAUAGCUCUGAGGAUGAUAGCCAUACCUUCCAGGCGUCUAUGAUCGCUCUCCAUGGCAGCACCUGCAGUGCUGACCUUGACUACCAGAUGUCCCUGGACUUAUCAACACCCAAUCGGAGUGCUCUCGAACACGCACUCGCUAAGCCCCUGCACGCUGCGCCCCCCGAUUCCGGCAACGACGAAAUGAAAAUGGUUGCCUUCUCCGACUACCGGAGGUCCACGGGGUCCCCGCUGCCUUUGGUGUGGCCCCCUGAAGCCACCCUGGGGUUCAGUGAUGAGGGACUGGCUGAACAAGACAUGGAUGACUUUGUUGGGUAUAAGUCCCCCCACAGGGGCAGCACUGGGGAGGGUGGUGUCGGAUCCAUCCUCUAUGAUGACUUUGGAAAGGAAAGAGGCUUCUGCAUGGACACCGACACCUUUGAAGGUGCUGACAGGGAGCCACUGUGCCCCGGGAACAGCUUCAGGAGGAACAUCACUGUCAUGAAGGGCAACUCCAGUCUUGGUAUGACUGUCAGUUCAGCGAAGGACAGUUUGGGGAUGAUCGUUCGCAGCAUCAUCCAUGGUGGCUCUGUCAGCCGAGAUGGACGGAUGGGGGUGGGAGACUGCAUCGUGGCCAUCAAUGGGGAGCCCACCAACGGGCUGACCAAUGCCCAGGCCCGGGCCACAUUGCGAAGGCACUCGCUCAUCGGGCCCGACAUCAGAUCCUCUCGGCCAGCAGAUGGCGGUGCGUGCCCCUUUCACCUCAUCACCUACGUCCCAGCAGAGUACCUGGAGGAAUACCACGCCAGCCUGGCCCACGCUGAAGACGCCCUGUUCACGGUGGACACACACUCCCCCGCACAUAGGGGGAUCCCUGAGCUUCCAGAGCGGGAGGAUGGGGAGGGAGAGGAGAGUGAGCUGCAGAACGGCGCCUACAGCAGCUGGAACCAGCCCCGCAGGGUGGAGUUGCACCGGGAAGCUGGCAAGUCCCUGGGCAUCAGCAUAGUGGGCGGGCGGGGGAUGGGCAGCCGUCUGAGUAACGGGGAGGUGAUGCGGGGCAUCUUCAUCAAGCACAUCCUGGAGGACAGCCCCGCAGGCCACAACGGCACGCUGAAGCCCGGAGACCGCAUCGUGGAGGUGGACGGGGUGGACCUGCGGGAUGCCAGCCACGAGCAGGCGGUGGAGGCCAUCCGGACGGCGGGAAACACUGUGGUCUUCAUGGUACAGAGCAUCAUCCAGAAACGUCGGAAGCCGCCCCUGUCCUUCCUGCAGUUUAACCCACCCUGUGACCCUCCUGCAGUCCCCUGCCUGCCCCCACUCCAGUUAUCUGCUUCAAAUACCACUGACGAGAAGGCACCAACAAGCAUGUUCCCCAGUACUGACAAGGGGGCUGAGGGUCACUGUAGCCUUUUCCUCCGUUUGCCCCCAACUAACCCUUUCGCCCCAACUCCAUUUAAGACAUCAGCCAAUCGGGAUAUCAGGAGACCGACUGUCACUCCGCCCCUUGACCCGCCCUUCGCCCCACCCCUCGGCCUGCUGGUGAUGCCUCACAUCGGUGAGACAGACACUGAUGUGCUGCCCGGGACCCCUGACCAGGAAGAGCGGGAGAUGGAAGAGGAAGAGGAGGAAGAGGAUGAAUUUGGAUACAGCUGGAACAAAGUGGCACGGCGCUAUGGCAGCCUGCAGGGGGAGCUGCACCUGAUCGAGCUGGAAAAGGGCACGGCAGGCUUAGGCCUCAGCCUGGCGGGUAACAGGGACCGUUCUCGGAUGAGCGUGUUCGUAGUGGGCAUCGACCCAGAUGGCGCCGCGGGCAAGGACGGCCGCAUCGUGGUCGGGGAUGAGCUCCUGGAGAUAAAUGGGCAAAUCCUGUACGGCCGCAGUCACCAGAAUGCCUCUUCCAUCAUUAAAAGUGCCCCGUCGAAAGUCAAAAUCGUUUUUAUCAGGAACAUGGAGGCACUGGGGCAGAUGGCUGUGGGACCAGUGAAGGAUCUUGGCGAUAUGCAGGGGUCACAGACGGAGCUGGAUGUAUGUUCUUCGCCCUCAGCGGUCGAUGUUGACGUGCCCAAAACCGUGCAGCACGUAAUUCUGUCUAAGGAUCGGGGAGGACUGGGCAUCGCCAUCAGCGAGGAAGACACCAAAUCCGGGGUGCUGGUCAAAAGCCUGAGCGAGGAAGGGGCAGCCGGGAAGGAUGGCAGGGUGAGAGUGGGAGAUGAGAUCCUGGCUGUGGAUGACGAGCCCAUCGUCGGGUAUCCUGUGGAGAAGGUGAUCACUCUGCUGAAGAAGACCAGAAAUACGGUGAAACUCACUGUCUGCUCGGACUUUUCCAUUGUCCCGCAGGCCGGGGGUGUCACCAGCGUCCCAGGCACCCUGCUCACAUCUCAGUUGGACGUAGAGCCAGUCAGGAGCUGCAGUCGCUCGUCCACCCCAGCCACCACCGCAUCCGACCCCGUGACCUGUCCCAUCAUCCCAGGCUGUGAGAGCACCAUAGAAAUCUCCAAGGGCCACACGGGCCUGGGCCUCAGCAUAGUGGGUGGCUGCGACACGCUUUUGGGGGCCAUCAUUAUUCACGAGGUGUACGGGGACGGCGCUGCCUCGAAAGACGGCCGGCUCUGGGCAGGAGACCAGAUCCUGGAGGUCAACGGCAUGGAUCUUCGGGUGGCUUCGCACGACGAGGCCAUAAACGUCCUGCGGCAGACGCCCCAGCGCGUGCGCCUGACCGUCUUCCGUGAGGAGGCCCCACACCGCGAGCAGGAGCUGUGGGACCUCUUCUCCGUGGAGCUCCAGAAGCUUCCGGGCCAGAGUCUGGGCUUCAGCAUUGUGGGAAGAAGGAACGACGCCGGCGUCUUCGUUUCCGACAUCGUCCGGGGCGGCGUCGUGGAGAUGGACGGCCGGCUGAUGCAGGGCGACCAGAUCCUGGUGGUGAACGGCGAGGAUGUACGCUAUGCCACGCAGGAGUCUGUGGCCUGCCUUUUCAAGCACUGCACCGGACCUAUUCAGCUGGAGGUGGGCAGGUAUAAGGCUGGUCCAUUCCACUCGGAGCGCAGACUCUCCUUCGGCAGCCAGACCAGCGAAUCGGGUAGCUACGGCCUGCCCUCUCACGGCCUGCCUGGGUCAGGUGGCCUGCAGGUUGACUUGGAUAAACACAGGAGCAACGAGCUGUCGGAGUAUCAGGAAGUCAGGACUGUGGAGUUUGCCAAGGGACCCAGCGACUCGCUGGGGAUCAGCAUCGCCGGCGGCGUAGGGAGCCCCCUAGGGGACGUGCCCAUCUUCAUCGCCAUGAUGCACCCCACGGGCCUGGCCGCCCAGACGCAGCAGCUGCGGAUGGGUGACCGGAUCGUAUCCAUCUGCGGCACAUCAACAGAGGGCAUGAGCCACACCCAGGCCGUGUCUCUGCUGAAGAAUGCCUCGGACACCGUGCAGCUACAGGUUGUGGCUGGCGGAGGCGACGUAAGCGUGACUGGGACUCCUCUGGAUCAGCCCACGGGGCUUCCCCUGUCAGGCCUGACGGCCGGCAGCAUCUUCCAGGACGAGCUCGGGCCGCCCCAGUACAAGACGAUCACACUGGACAGGGGCCCCGACGGCCUCGGCUUCAGCAUCGUCGGUGGAUUCGGCAGCCCACACGGGGACCUGCCUAUUUACGUCAAGACCGUCUUUAGCAAGGGCGCGGCGUCUGAAGAUGGCAGGCUGAAGCGGGGAGACCAGAUCAUGGCCGUCAACGGGCAGAGCCUGGAAGGCGUGACCCAUGAGGAGGCCGUGGGCAUUCUGAAGAGGACCAAAGGGACUGUGACCCUGACUGCGCUCUCGUAGACGUCUGCUCACGGGAGAUGCCCUACGCAAACAAGCACACAGACACACACUGAGUCACACGUACACUCCAUUACGCAAGUGUACAUAAAGCACACGCGGACAUUCGCUGUCCCAAAUGCAUGCUCACCAUCACUCUCACACACGCGUAAUUAUUUUUAGAAGACUGUGAAUCCUUUUUAUCUUCGUGCCGUAAAUUUUAUUUACUAGAGAGAGGAUUCGGGUGUUACGCAGCCGUAACACCCGAAAGAACUACUGAGGCAAAUGCCAUUAACAUUUGCCGAGUUUUAACGAGAGAUGAACUGUGGGAUGGUGUCCGGUCGGAGAUGGGACCUUUCGCCCCGUGGGGGUGCUGAUUCGCUCAGCCGGGACGGUAUAAAAUAGCACAUAAAAGCUCAACUGCUGUUAAGUCAGUACGGUUUAUUGCGUGUUUUUUUUUGUCAGUAUAUUAUUACUGCUCUCUGUAGGAUAGAUGAUGGAAGUAGCAGGUAGAUUCUGCUAGGGGGAAGCUUGGGACCCAUCCCAGGCCUGGUAGGGAUUACGUACUUUGUGCUGGUUGGCCCUUGCUGUCACACCAUGCCUGGCCUCAGUCCGCAACUGUGCCCAAGGCAAGGACGGCUCAUUAUGGAUUGGACGGGCAGUAACGAAGACGCCACUGUCUGACUUUUUAGCACAGGAACUAAAGGACAAAAGCAGCUAAUCAAGUGAGUUAUUCCAGUGGUCACCAGUUCACCAGCAGAUUCCAGUCUGAAUCCGGAGACCCCCACCCCCCCGAAUUGGUUGGUGGAUUUUAUUGUCGCCUCCUUGGGUGUGGUGGACCUUGUCUUUUUGUUGCAGAUGACAUUUGACCCUCGGGAUGAAAUAGUUGUGGACCCCUGGGUUAUACCCGGCCCCAGUGUAAUGGUGACCUGGGGGUGUUUAUUGUAGGGAGGGACCAAACCAUUUUUGCCCUGGGGAAGGGGGUGGGGCAUGUUCUUGUUUGGCCGCCAAGCUCUUCUUAUGGAUCAGAUGUGUCCUGAAACCCCAAAGCUUCACCCUGACGCUCACGUUCGUUCAGUGGAACGUGACUCACACAGUGAAGUGGUCCCUCCCGUGUUCUGUUUGUAAGCGUACGCUUAGGAUACUGUGCUCACGCGCUACACAGGAGACAUAUAAUCGAAUGAGUCAGCCUAGUUUGUAAAAAUCGUUAAGUGGUGCUCCAGCUGAAUAAAUGAAAAUGACCUUCCA